CACGCCCAGCAGCACAACAAGGACAGAUUGGAGGAUCCGCCUCCUUCCUUAGACCCAACGCUUAGCCACACAUACACGAUCAAUGAGUUUGCUAUACUAUCCAAAGUCUCUUUUGCUCCGCAACGGACGUGGCUAAAAAAAACAAACCUACGUCCAGCUGUAGCCCCAGUCAGAAGACAAUCCGGCGAGGAAGCAAGGGAAAAGGCGUGUUGUUCGGUCGCCUCCAACCCUCGGAUUGACCCCGCGGCUGAUCGGAGCUUCAUAGCGGACGCAGCCAGCCAGGACCCCAUAGAAUCUGACAACAGCCAUUAGAAUAUUAAAGGACGUGUUCUUGCACAGGAACAGGAAUCUCAAAUACAAAGCCCAAAGAAGAGCAUGACAGCUCUUCUGAGGAGUCUGCUGGCUGCCUCAGAGAAAGCUGCCUGCAUUGCCCAGCUAUGUCGCCAAGAGGAGGCCCUCUUCAGCCUACUCAUCGAGGAGAAGAGAGGUGUAGACAAGAAUAAGAAGUUCUUGCAGGACUUCAAGACAUUGGCAGACGUGCUAAUCCAAGAAGUCAUCAAACAUGACGUGGGAAAAGAGUUUCCAGAACUACAAGAUCACAUUUGUGGCGAGGAGUCCAACAAAUUUGAAAAUGGCCUUGGCGAGAUUGUAGUGGUGCAGGUUUGCCCCACCCAACAGGAAACUGCUGCCCUGCUGCAGAAAGUCCUGGAUCGGAAACAGACGGCAGCUGAAUUGUUGGCAGCUGCUGUUCAUCAGGAAGUAGUGCUUUCAGACUCAGCACUGGACAAUGUGGAUGUGACCAUCUCCACAGAGAGCUUGGCUGUAUGGAUUGACCCCAUAGAUUCCACUAAUCAGUACAUUCGUGGGUGUGGCGACGUGAUGCCUGUGAAUGGCAUCUAUCCAUCUGGACUUCACUCAGCGCUUGUGCUGAUAGGAGUAUACAACCGGCAUUCGGGUGAGCCCGUCCUUGGCAUCAUCAAUGAGCCUUUCUUCCGGGAGGAGCUGACAGCACACAGGUGGCAGAGCAAAUACCAUUGGGGCAUUUCCUAUGGAAGCACCAAGCUAAGCUCGCUGAGCCAACCCCGGCAGCAGCCUUCCCCCUGCGUGGUGCUGAGCAGCAAUGAGACCACCGUGUUGCAGAAAGCGCUGGCCCCUCUAUACGGUGAGAGGCUCUGCUUUGCUUCAGGUGCUGGCUACAAGAUGCUGUGUGUCGCCCUCGGCCUUGCCGAUGCUUAUGUGCUUUCAGAAGGCAGCACCUUCAAGUGGGACUCGUGUGGCCCCCAUGCCAUUCUGCGAGCCCUCGGGGGAGGCAUCGUCGAUCUUUCAGCAGCCCUGCGGCUUUGGCGUGCUGGGCAACACAAGAAUUUGCCCGAACUGACCUAUAACAAGCCCAUAGAGGGCGCUGUGGGUGCUGAGCGCUGGGCAAAUCAAGGAGGGCUUAUAGCCUACAUCUGCCACAAGCAUCUUGAGGCUGUGAUGGUCACACUAGCAAACGCGACAGAUACUUUCUAAAACACAGCCCUGUCAGUGCAAAUUAGUGGGAGCAUUUGCCUGUGUAUGAGGGGAAGAAGGCAGUCUCUAAGUGAGGAAGGAUAAGAUUCUUAAUUUUUUUUAAAGGACCAAUCAAAGGUUUAUGGUGGCACCAUGCCAGGCUAGGAUAGGAAUGGUACAAAUGUCAUGCUUUUUGACCGCCUGCUUUUCCAUGCCAGCUGCAUCUAUAAAAUUUCCACUUCGCAUGGGCGCGCAGUAGAGGAAGUAUUUCUUAAAUCGUUCCCCUUCUGUUCUUCUUGGUGUAUCAUUUUUCUUGUGUGGGUAAUGGGUAUCAUAAAUACAUAGCAAACAUGCAUUGGGACCAUUAAAUAAUCUCUGUUUAGGAACCCUUUAUGUUUAGCAUGGGGUACAGCUCAAGAUUUCUUGCUGCUGCUUUCUGGAUAGGUACAAUUUUUGCAAGGCUUUUGAUGCGCAGACCAGGAGCCUUAAUGGCGCGGUGGUUAAAGUGCAGUAUUGCAGGCAAACUGCCCAUAUGUUAGAGUUCAAUCUUGUUGGGCUCAAGGUUGACUCAGCCUUCUAUCCUUCCGAGGUUGGUAAAAUGAGGAUCCAGAUUGCUGGGGUCAAUAUGCAAAUAAUAUGUCUACAUUGUAAACUGUCCAGAGAGUGCUGUAAAGCACUAUGGGGCCGUAUAUAAGCUUAAAUGCUAUUGUUAUUAAAUAGUAGCAAAGCAUAUUCUGACAAUGUCCCCAAUCUGUCUUGACCUUUGGGCCUGAAAAGGCCUGUUUUGUUUAUCCGUUGCCAUGUAUUUAGAGAGCCAGGAGUUCUACAAAGUAGUUUGGCUGCCAACUGUCAUUAACUGCCAUUUUUUCAAUGUAGUCUGGCUGCCCUUUGUUGCUAGUUGUUUGGUUCACACUACCUUGUUAUCUGGGGUGCACCACGAGGAGGCGAACUAGCAUCACAUACACAUCAAGAGCUUACACUGGCCCAAUGUCUGAUUUGUUCAACAUACACCACCGUCCUUGAAUGGCUGGGUGGGCUGGACAUUAACAUUUGAACUACUAUAGUAAAGGUUCCCCUGCACAUUCGUGCUAGUUGUUUCCGGCUCUAGGGGUGGUGCUCAUCUCCGUUUCUAAGCCAAAGAGUCAGCACUGUCCGAAGUCGUCUCCGUAGUCAUGUGGCCGGCAUGACUAAAUGCUGAAGGCACACGGAGCACUGUUACCUUCCCACCAAAGUAGUCCCUAUUUUUGUACUUGCAUUUUUUACUUGCUUUCGAACUAAGUUGGCAGAAGCUGGGAAAAAUAAUGGGAGCUCACUCCGUUACACUGCACUAGAGAAUCGAACCGCUGAACUGCCGACCUUUUGAUCGACAAGCUCAGCGUUUUAGCCACUGAGCCACCGUAUCCCUUGAACUACUAUUAAGUCCAUGUAUUUGCCAUUCGCUAAAUAAAGCAGCAAAGCAAACAUAGCUUGAGUUGUAAGGACUCUGUGAUUUAUGAUUCGGCUUUGUGUUAAGAAGCAGGAUUAAUUAGCCUUUGGAUCGCUUUUAACACUGUGAGGAGUCGCUAGUUAACUUUAUUUAACCUAAAGGCAUUUUUCCUUAGAGGAAACUCAAGAAUUUUAGUUCUCUGGAAGGGGACCUGGGAUGGGAUCUUUUAAUAGGGAGGCUCUGAGGGAAAAGUAAUGGCAUAUGUAUAUAAAUAAAAUUGCUAUAUAUGUUAACAUAUACUGUUAUAUUGUUAUAUGUUAACAUAUAACAAUAUUUCUUUAUUGCCAUCCAUACUUCCUUGGCCUCUUAACUAUUAUAAACAAAAAAACAUAAACGGUUAGAUUCAGGUAUUGGGAUUAUAUUCAUUAAAUGAAAGUUAAAUCAAAUUAUAGAGUUAAUGUAGAUAAUUAUUCAAAGUUAGAAAUGGGCUAUGAAUCAUUUACUGAUUUUGUAAAGUAUAUUUUCACUUUUUAUAAAGAACUUCUAGCAUUUUUUUUUAAAUAGAAGAAUAUAUCUAAGAUUGAAAUUGUACAGAGCAUUCUCAGAACUUUUUUCCAGAUUUUUAUCUGGUAUAUUUUUUCCAGACACUUUAUCUGGUAUAUUAGGUAGCUUAAUAUAAACCAUUUUUGAAAAUAUUAAGUACUUGCUUAGUUUCAUGGUAAUUAAUUUAAAAUUGUUUAUUUUAGGAUAGCCAUUAUAAAGGCAUUGGUAAAAUACUCCAUUAGCUGAGCUGCUUCUUUAAUAAUAAUAAUUAAUAAACAGUAUAUAACCACGGGAAAAAGUAUCUAGUUAUCCUCCACAGCUACGCCUGCCAUCAUCAAUGCACCUUCAUGAUUCGAUUUAAGAAUGACAUCAGCUUCACACUGGCCAUGAUUUACCGUAUUUUUCGGAGUAUAAGACGCACCUUAGUUUUUGGGGAGGAAAAUAAGAAAAAAGCUAAUUGGCGGAUGGAUCAGCCUCCCGGAAUACCCCCAAUCAUCUGUUCCCAGAGUUGAAUUUUAGCAACAGGUUCGUUGAUUGUGAGCUCUGUGCCUUGCUUUUUUUUUUUUUUUUUGGCUUAUUCUUCUGUCUCUGAAACUUCUGAAACUCUGUUUCAGAAAAAACUUUUUUUUCUGCCUCUAAAAGCCUCCAAAAUAGAGCUUCAGAAAAAAAGCCUCUGAAGCUGUUUCUGAGGCUUUUUUUCUGAAGCUCUGUUUGGAGGCUUUUUUGCUGAAGCUCUUAUCUUGAAAAGCAACACUAUACAUACUGUAAAGGCUAGGCAUGUAGUUAUUUAGUUAUUUAUGAAGGUUUCUCAGGGUUUUGUCCAUAAUUUAAUAUCUCGUACUGUAGAGCUGGCUUGAUUCCAACUUUAUCUACUGCAUGAAAAGGGAAGCUGUAAACAGGAAAGUGGAUGCAGUCCACACUGCUGUAAAAAAUUAUAGAGAACUAUUUGUUUAUAAAAAUACCCUUAAUGGGCAGUGUAAAGUGAGACGACUUGCUUUUAUACUGAAGGGAUGUUAGAUGGGAGUGGGCAUGCAUUUUUAGCAUUUAGUACAUUAAAAGUUUAGCAUUUAGUACAUAAAAAGUUUGGUUUAUAUAAAGGCAGCAUACACAAUGUUCUUGUUUCCUGUUUUCCCCAUAACAACAACCCUGCGAGAUGGGUUGGCUGAGUGAGUGAUUGGCCCAAAGUAACCUAGUUGGCUUUCCAUGUCUAAGGGAAUUUAUUAAGCCCAACACCAAACUGGUUGUAAAAAUAAUAAUUGCAAGUUGAAUCAGUUGGAAUGCAGUUGGUACUUACGAAGGACAUGUGGUUAAACACGAAGAGAUUGAGUCCAGAGUGCAUGGGGACUGAAUGAAUAAUUUAGGACUAAAAAAGAAGUAGAUUGGGGUAAACUGGUCCUACAGAACUAAUGAAAGAAGAUUAAAUCACAAAGAAAAGCAAAAAAAUCAGGACCGGGAAGAUUGUGUGUUGUGAUUUAUGGAAGCCCUGAGAUGAUAAAAAACAGUGAAAAUUAAAAAGAAAAAAAGAUAGUGUAGGAAGCAGAUCUAAACAUGAUGGAUAGAAGCAAGAAUAGUUUUCACCCUUUUUUUGUGGGGGGGCGAAAGAUGCAUCUUACACUCUGAAAAAUACGGUAACUAUGGUUUAUCCAAGAAAUUGAAAUAAUGUAACAACAAAAAAUUGUGUCCCAGAAAGAAUUGGUGCAGAAUACUGGUGAGGCUGCAGGUGAGCAGUUCUCAGAAUAAAAAAGAAAUCUCACAUCUCAAUUCUAUAUUAAUUAAACAAGAGACGGAUAGAAACUGGGCCUCCUGCCAAAAAGGAGGCACAAUACAUCAGCUUGAAGGUAGUGGAGGACAAUCAGCGAGAUAAAUCAGUGAAUACCUAAAUAUUGGGGCUGGUUUGGGGAAAAAACAGCAAUUGCCAAAAGUCUUUUGUGAUGACAUUACUGUUUCUUAUACAAUAAACUAACUUA